GAAUUGAAUUAAAUAUGCAUGUAUGACACAUUUUUGAUCGACGUGCAUAUAUUAAUCGACAUUUGAGAGAAUAUCGAUCUUCGUGUUUAACUUUCGGAAUCAUAUAUAAGCGAAACUAUUGUUUGAAUGAUCAGUUUGUGAUAGAUUCCCAGCAUCAAGACAACAUGAUUAAAAUUACCAUCCUUUUGGCCUUCGUUGUCCUUGCCGCUGCCGGCCCUGAUGAGCACGCUCAAGUCCUCCGUCAAGACCAAGACGUUCGCGAAGACGGAUACAACUACAACUACGAAACUUCAAAUGGAAUUGCUGCCCAAGAACAAGGAUCCUUGAGAGGAGACUCCUUAUCCGUUCAAGGAUACUCCCAAUACUAUGCUCCCGAUGGAACCCCAAUCCAAUUGACCUACACCGCCGAUGAGAAUGGUUUCCAACCCCAAGGUGCCCAUUUGCCAACACCACCACCAAUCCCAGAUUAUAUCUUGAAGUCUUUGGAAUACAUUCGUACCCAUGCACCACAAGGACAACAGCAACAACAGUUCAGACAACAACAACCACCAAGAUUUUUCUAACUUAAGUCAAUAUAAUGUACAA